UGUACACAUAAAGACAAACAGGUUCCUAAUUCUCUCUAGAUGUGGUAUUUAUUCUCUUUUGUUGACAUAUAUAAACAUAGUUUCAUUCUCCAUUGAAGAACAUUCAACCCUCUAUCUCUCUAUCUUUCUCUCUCAGAGAAGAUGGAGGAAAUUUGUGAGAUAACACUAAACCUAAAGAGACCACCAUCUUCUCCGCUUGAUCUAAGACUUGAGCCGCCAGACCCAACAGAUACUGAAUUUGGUUUGCAACGUCUCGAAAAUAUAGUACCGGAAAAUAGUUGGAUAUCAAGAACUGUAAGGCCUUAUGUUAGAUCAAAGGUACCACGACUUCGGUGGACACCGGAUCUUCAUGAUGUCUUUCUUCAUGCAGUCCAUCGCCUUGGCGGAGAAGAAAAGGCUACACCAAAGUUAGUUUUAGAAACCAUGGAUGUAAGGGGACUCACCAUAUCACAUGUUAAGAGUCAUCUUCAGAUGUACCGGAGCAUGAAGCAGGAACAGAUGAUACAAGAGGCAGCUAGAGCGGCCAAAAAGAAUGACAAAGUAAAUCAGAAGAUAGAGGAACCCACUCAUCAUAACCGUCAGCAGCAUCGUCGACAUCCUCAAGGGAAUUACGAAGAGAAAAAUAAGUCGGGAUGGACAGGCAAACAGAAAGACAUCAUUGAAUACCAUCAUCAUCAUAAGGCUGACCAGAGCUACGCAUCAAACAACAACCACGAAAAUGAUGGAAAUAUUGUAGUGACUUCAGAAUGCCAGAUAAGGAAACCAAAAUCCUACAUCAUCUGCACUGGUCUUCUUAAAAGCUGCUCCCCCCAAGAAAGUGGCUAUGAAAUGCAUAAAGAAAUAGAGAUGAAUAAAGAACUCCCAAAUGAAUAUACUGGAAAUGAACGCAUGGUUACAAGCUCGCAUUACUCACAGCAACCGUUAAAAUCGUAUGCUGCUGCUGCAGAUUAUCGAAACGAAGUUGUCGAUAGCUCAUUGUCUCUUUCUUUAUUUAGAAAUGCUUCAAAACCAUUAAAACUCAAGGAUGAUGAUUCCUGUACUAAUCUAACCAGUGGUACUACUGAUCAUGGGUUUGGUCUCUCUCUAGAUAUAACAUCCUCCUGCUCUUCUACUCUUAGCUAA